UAAUAGACGUAUACACAUUAUUGAUGCUCAAAUCUAUUUUAUUUUUAGUAUGCAUCCACUCAAAUAUUAAUCCAUUAACAAGAUGGAAUUUUAGUUGGACUAAAAUUGUAUUAAAAUUAGAAUAUCAAUUUCAUAAUAUAUUUACUAUUCAUCUGAACGUUCAUGAAUAUAUAUUACAAUACUCAAAAUAUAAUAAUAAAUCAAACCGGAUUACAUAUUGGGUCAUCUAUCAGUUCAACCAAUAACCAGAUCUCGGGUUUUAGUGGUUAUUACGGGUUUUAUAGAAUUUUUAAAUAACAGUUUUUUUUAACUAAAAUGGAUUACAUAUGAACCACUGAAUUUAGCAAUUUAACUACGGGUCGGGUCGGGUUUCAAAACAUUGAAUAUAAUGUUUCAUUUGUAAUAUCUAAGUGUAGAUACAAUAAAAAUACAAAUUUAUAUCAAAUAAAUUUGGAAUGUUUCAAAAAUAAUUCCGCGCUUUGAAAGCACGGAUCAAAAUCUAGUCAAUUAAUUAAAACUUAAACCAUUUAUUACUAAACUAUAAAAACAUCAUAAUUCUUUCCAUUUCACAUUUUUUGUCAACAAUCUGAAUGAAAUAAAAACAACGUUUGUAGUGUAGUAGUUUUGUUAUAACGACUUUAUAAAUGUAUAUAUGUCUGUGUAUUUAAUUGGCUUUUGAAUAGUAAAGGAAAAAAGUUAACUAAAAUAAAGCUGAAAAAAUGAAGAAGUAGAUAGAGAUCUAGAGUUACAACUUACACGUACGCAGGAAGAAGUCAAAUAAGGAACAAAGCAAAACUGAAAAACUUCAGCUGUAGCUUUUCAGUCUCUCUCUCCUCACUUCCCAAAGUUUAGUCAAACUCAUUUCCUUGCCGCGUAAAAUCUUCCUUGGUUAGUGCCCAAAAACACUCUUUCUUGUUUUUUUUUUAAUUGGCUCGUAUUUUUCCAUUCAUUCUUCUUCUUUUGUUUUUGAUAAAAUGUUAUGUCAACUUCGCUCGUAAAAGUAAAAGAUAAGUCAACCUCGCUUACAAAAUGUCAAUAUUUACAAUAUAUUGUUUUAAAAUCAUUAUUACGUUAGCUGGCUGAAGUCCUCAAUAUAUACCGUGGUACGUACGUGUUUAAUUUUCUUUUCUAUUUUUUCUUGGAUAUUGGAUUUGGCUAUACACACUUACUUUCACACGUACAACCCUAAAAAUAUGUGUCAGAGUUGUGUGUGUUGGUUAUGUCAACUAUAAUUUCUGAAAUGAAAACAUGUUACGUAGUGCAGCAAUAGAUUCUUUUCCUCUUUUCAACUACUUCACUCACUAGGUCAUAUAACCCGUAUGUAAUUUAGUUGCUGAAGAUUAAAAUGCGUCGUUCAAUAGAAAGUAACAAUAGAUAAUAAUAGAUCAUAGAAAGUGAUUCCAACUUCCAAAGCUAUUGCAAAUACUUCUAUAGAUUCUUUUAUGGCUACCAUUAGAAAAUUAAAGCGUAAUAGAUUGGCCAUGAGCUACAUUAACAGUUACAUUGUAACAAAAAAAUCAGAAGCUUGAAUCUAUAUUUAAGUAAUAUAAGUUGUUUAUAUCAGCAAGGCAAUCAAUGGCAGGUAUGUGGCAGCCGGUGAGAUGGUGGUUACAGCCAAUAGGUGACAAAUGAUCAAGACAAUGGCAGAUAUGCGGCAUUUUUCUCAAACAUAUGUUUCGUUACAUAUCAAAAGUAACAAAUAAUUGUAUAUGUUUGAGCAAAAAACGCAAAUAGCUCUAUAACUUAUUUUUAUGCGGUAAAAAUAGCUCAAAAUAUAACAUAAAUAUCCUUCCAUAUAUUGAUCAGGUUCAUCUGAAUUACUUUUUUUAAACUAAAAAAAAAGAAGUAAUUCAGAUGAACUUUCAUACAUAGUUCAACAUAUAUAACAAAAACCUGUUCAUUUUCCAUGUAACUGGAUAUUUCAAUGUAACAAUAUUCUUUUUAGAAAGUCGAGUCGUUGCUCCCAGGUUUAAGUCGAUCCGACAAAAAUGCAUGUUUUUGCCCUUUAGAAAACUAUCAAAACUGAUUCGACACCCAAAGAGACUAAACUUUCUUGUUAAACAAUAUUUCCUCCAUUUUCGAAAGUAAAAUUUUCUAAAGUAUACACCCUUAUUAAGAAUUUAAUAAAUAUUUAUAAUUUACUUUAUUUUUUAGUAUUUUAUUAUACACUUUCCAAUAAUUUUCUACCAAUGAAAUUUAAUCAAUUCAAAUAUUUUCAAUUAAUAUUCCUCAAAAGUAUAAAAAGGUACCUUAACAAUAUAGAAAAUCUAUUUUUGUAGAACAAAAAAAAUCUAAAAAAUUUUACUUUCCGGAACGGAUGGAGUAUAUUUUAAUGUUAAUUGAAAAUGAAUUACAAUAAUAAAAUUACAUUUUAGUUCUAAAUGAAGAUAGUAUUUCUGUUACUCAAAAAGGAGAGAGAGCAUUUCUGGUAUAUUUCACUUUCGGCAACUCAUUUUUAUUCAUUUAGUUCAACAAAAAACUAACUCUACAGUGACCAGUAAAAAAAAGAGAGAAACUAUUUCUGACAUGUUUCACUUUCGGUCACACGAAUUUCUCUUUCUUUAAACAACUAGAACUUUACAAAGUUAGAAAAUUUUAUGACAAUUCAUCGUCGUAUUAUUAAUAGCUAAAUCUAUUCCACUAAAAUCGAUCAUUUACCGACUGUUACAUAUAAAAUGAUAUUAUUGAACUACGAUCACUGUAAAUGAAUGAAUUUCAUUAGUAUGAAAGAAACAAAAGAUUUAUCUAACUUUAAAAAACAAACAUAUAUCAGUUUCAAACUUCUGGGAAAAAAAAUCCAAAAGGAAAAAGUAAAAACGAUAACCCGAAGAACAGACAGCGUUAGGAUUUUGACUUUAGGAAGCAACAUAGAAAACCCCACUUGACAUUUCUUUCUUGCCAUUUACUCUCUUGUUUUCUUUCUCUCGUUAUUUUACCUUGUUUUUUUUUUUAUAAGUUUAGCUUACUUUGUUUCUGCAUAUUUUUAAAACAAAAAGUUCUAUUUUUUAGAUAAUUAUAAAUAGAAACCAGUCAUAUGCGUUAUGCAAAAAUUAUAAUUUUAAAGUAAUUAUAAAUAGUCACCAGUUUUUUUUUUUUGGCAACAAAUAAUAGUCACCAGUUAUCGGCGUUGGAUCUACAAUUUUCAUAUAAUAUGGUGAGUCAUGGGGGCGAUGUCAAGGACACUUCAACGCACAAUUUUUGUAUAUUUUUUAUUUCCAAUACAGAAAUAUGUAAUUCUUCAAUUUAAAUAUAGCUCACACUUUGUCCAGUACUAUGAUAUAGUAUAUUUUAAGAUUAUAAUCACCACGAUAUACACCCUGAAUCUAAGUUGAUUAGUAAAAUUACCUAAUGUAGUUGCUAUUGUUAAGUACAAUUAUUAUUUUCUGUACUGUAUAAACAUUCUCCAAUCCCAAAGGCAUUUUUAAAUUUAAUCAAACCAUAGCAAAAGUUACCCCGAUCAUUCACUAAUUUUGUUCCAAAUAAACUCAUUCAUUCUCUUCUUCUUUUUUGGUAAAACAUUCUCUUUCCUUUUUCCCCUAAAACGAUUGUUGUACGCUCUAAAAAAGGUGUAGAUUUUUUUCCAACAAAAGAAAAUAAGAAUCAAAUGUCACAAUUUUUAUAUCCAUUGUAUAAAACUCACAGUUAUAAAGUUCUCCGACCACAACCCCCUAAAUCAUUAUAGAGUACCUAGUUAAAAGUAUUGUUAUUUGUUCUAUUUUUGUUUGUAUUCAGACACCGAGUAGUCAGAGUAUAUAUAAGAGAAGCAUGAGGCAUGAACAGAGAUUAUAAGAUUAAUAGAAAAAUGUUAACUAACCGGAACCGACCACAUAAAUAAUUAAUUCUUGCCUCCCAACACUUUUAUUAAAACUUUUGUACCAACGAUAACCUUUUGAAUAUUUAAUUUCUCAGUCAAUACUCGCCGAACAAGUUUUGCUUUUUCUCUCUCCUCAAAAUCUCCAUUCACAUUUUUGCUCUAUAAAUAUGCAUCUCACUUGUUGUCUCUCCUUUUAUACUUGAACCAACAUCUCUCUCUCUCUAACAUAGUGGCCUCCAUUAAUGGCGACCAACAUAUUCACUCAAAGCCCUAACUACUCUCCAUUUCUUAUUGGAGAAAAAAUUCCUCAACAGAAACACAAUCUUGGCCACAUCUCUCUCUCAGACAAAACCUUUAAUAAAAAGCUUGUAAUCUCUUCUUCUAUAAUGGCCCCUCCGAUUCCAUCUUCUUCUCAACUCUCUCCUCCUUCUUCUUCUUCUAUGGUGGCUCAUCUUCCUCGCGCACCACCAACAUCAUCUCUGCCGUUGUCUAGAGUAUGGAGAGAGAUACAAGGAAGCAAUAACUGGGAGAAUCUAAUUGACCCUUUAAGCCCUAUUCUCCAACAAGAGAUCACUCGCUACGGGAACUUACUCUCCGCUUCUUACAAAGGUUUUGAUCUAAACCCUAACUCCAAACGUUACUUGAACUGCAAGUAUGGCAAGAAAAGUCUGCUUAAAGAAUCCGGAAUCCAUGACCCUGAUGGCUACGAAGUCACCAAGUACAUCUACGCCACGCCAGACAUCAACAUCAACCCUAUCCAGAACGAGCCUAAUCGCGCACGUUGGAUAGGGUACGUAGCGGUUUCCUCUGAUGACUCGGUGAAACGUUUGGGGAGGAGAGAUAUUGUGGUGACAUUUCGUGGGACCGUGACCAACCCUGAGUGGAUGGCUAACCUAAUGAGCUCCUUGACUCCAGCUAGGCUUGACCCUCAUAACCCUCGUCCUGACGUCAAAGUUGAAUCUGGCUUCUUGAGUUUAUACACAUCCUCUGAGAGUGAAAGCAAGUUCGGGCUAGAAAGCUGCCGUGAGCAGCUUCUCUCCGAGAUCUCGAGGCUUGUCAACAAGCACAAAGGCGAGGACAUGAGCAUAACCCUUGCGGGACAUAGUAUGGGGAGUUCUCUAGCUCACCUUCUAGCUUACGACAUAGCAGAACUCGGCUUGAACAAGAGAAGAGGCGAAAAAGAUGUUCCAGUGACUGUCUUUUCGUUCGCGGGGCCAAGGGUUGGUAACUUGGGAUUUAAGAAAAGAUGUGAGGAGCUAGGAGUCAAGGUCUUGAGGAUCACGAAUGUAAAUGAUCCCAUCACGAAACUCCCUGGCUUCUUGUUCAACGAGAAUUUUAGGGCGUUAGGUGGCGUUUACGAGCUUCCUUGGAGCUGCUCUUGCUACACUCACGUGGGAGUCGAACUCACGCUCGAUUUCUUCGACGUUCAAAACAUUUCUUGCGUCCACGACCUCGACACUUACAUCAGUCUAGUGAACCGUCCGAGAAGCUCGAAGUCUACGGUUGCAGAAGACAAUUUUGGCAGCAGUUUUUUCAACAAAACAAGUGAGAUGAUGUUCCCUAAAGGACAACGUCGAGCGUUGCGGUUAAGAAACGCAGCGACCAAAGCGGCGUAUCUAAUUGGGUCUGUAUCCAAUCAUAUGAUGUACUGUAAUAUAUUUUAGGUCUAGAUAUUGAUCGGAGGUAAAAAUUUUGGGUCUUUUUUUUUAAAGAUAGCUAGGUAAAAAACAUUUGUAGUACAUGUAUAGUUUUUCAUAUGCAAAACCUAAUAUUGUUUGCAUAUGUAUUCAGUAAUCAGUAUAUAUAUACAUGGUGUUUUGAUUAGUACUUAUUUCUCAUAUCUUAGGUUAAUAAUUAUUUCCCGCACGUGCGGGCAUAGAGAUUUUAUAACUACUUAUUAAUACAUAUAUUACUAAUUAAAAAAUAAUUUUAAAUUAUUAUUUAUGUUUUCAUUGAAAAUUCUUAUUAUGUAUUAGAAAUUUUUAAAAUUCCUUUGUGCACUAUCUUCAUUAUUAAUAAAUAAUAUAUAAAUCUUAGAGAUCACUUGAUAUUCUCUUUCAAUUAUAUAGAAUUAAUAAUUUUACUUAAUAUUUAGUUAUGUAUUUUCUGUUUUUAAACUUUUAACCAUUUUAUUAAAAUAUAUAUUUUUGCAUAACAACACAAUAUAUACAUGAAUUAUCUUUUUAUUUUAAAUAUAUUUUUAAAUUAUAGAUAAUUUUUAUUUUUAUUAAUUAUAAGCACUUAUCUAAUCAAAUAAACAGUAAAUUCAUUUUUUAUUUUUAUCUAAUUUAUUUAAUUUAUUCAUUAAAGAUAUAAACAAUAUUAACCGUGCUAACUUUUAAUGUGAGAGCUUCGUUGUCAAAAUUUACUUCGCAAAUAAUAGUAUAGAUUUCCAGCACAAUGCGUAAACAAAGGAUUUACUUUUAAAAAUUCCUUACUAUUUGUCAUGUUUGUAUUUCUUUUUAUUUUAUUUUAUGUUUUUGAGAAAUUACUGGAUUACGUUAUAUUAAUUUUCGAAUUUUUUUUUCUGAACGAUAAUGUACAUGGCUAUUUUCGUUUCAUGCCUCUUCUUGUUAUUUAUGUUCUAUCAGUUUUUUGGAUUAAAAUACAGAUACUAAUCUCAAGAUCUAGAGAGGUAAUGCAAUUCCACUAGCUAGAAUUCAGUGGAAAACUUAUAGCUUAAUUUGCUACUCCCAUUUUUAGUUUUGUCACAUCUAACAUGUUGACCCUACUCAAUGAUGCAUUUUAUUGUUGAAGAGUAAUAUAAAAUUAGUUUAAGAAACUGAAUUUAUAUGAAAGAAAAUAAGUUUUAACAGAUUUAUAUUAGGACAAGGUUUGUUUCACAUAGGAAAGACAUUUUGGAACAAUAUGCAUGCAUCUUAAACGAAACUCUAUGAAUGUCCGGGAAAGAUCGUCAAGGCAUAGCAAAACAUUCGUCAUGAUGAGCACGAGAAAUGAGAAAAUAAAGCCCCCCUAAACAUUGGAGAUACAUAUGUACAUCCAAACCUAAAGCCACGAGUCUAUUUAAGAAAAGAAUCUGGAAAAUAAAAACCACAAAGAAAACCCCAAAGCAUGUUUCAUAAUGACAAAGACUAAUUUUCGAUAUAUCGUGUCUUCUUGUGCACUAAACCGAGAUGUUUUGAAUGAUGUCAUCAGGUACAAGUUGAAAUAAUUCCCGAUUAACGAAAAAAAAAAACAGAAUUACCAAGGAGGCUUUAACGGUCAACACUUCUUUUGGUGAUGACUUUGUAAUUAACAUGGCUGUAGAAAAUGGGGUACGAAAUCACUAAUUGAGUAGCCGGUAGGGUACUAAUUAGGGAUCACAGCUAGUUUGUUGACUUGUGAAGAUCCCUAAAUCUUUUUUAUAUUCCGCGGUUUGAUCCGAUGAUUGAUCCACUGUUUAUCUUAGGGUUUUUUUUUUCUCUUAUCUAGCAUUUGUUGCUCUGGUUCUUUUUUGUGCUUGAGCGAAAACAAAAGAGAGUACUUAUUCAUUUAGACAUAGUACUUAUUCAUUUUGACAUAGUAAAUUUUCGCAGCAGCAAAUACGUAGGGCUUCACACGGAUGAUCGAUGCAUUUGAAUGAAUUAUGUAUCAUCUAUAUAUUUAUUACUCUUUUCGUUUUCAUCGUUUUCUGAUUGUCAUAUUUAGUUGAAAUGCAUGCCGUGAAACUAAUUAAAACUGAACAACUCAGAAACAUCGAGUUUACUCAUGAAGGAACUAGAAAAUUAUCCGGUAGUCAAGAGAUUUUAGUACUCUUUCUGUUUCACUAUAAGUAGUGUUUUAGUUUUUUUUUUUUUUUUCAAUUUAAAGCUAUUUACCUUUUACAAUUAUUUGUAUUACGUAAUAUGAUGUCUAUUGGUUGAAUUUUUUUAAUUCAAUGAUGUUUUGAUGUAAAAUAGGUAAAUUUAAUAAUUUUGUAUUUUCUUAAUUAUUAUGCCAAAACCUUACAAACCAAAUAAAAUGAAACAAAGGGAGUAGCAAACUUAUGGCUGUGUGACAAAGAAGUGUGCAAAUUCUGACACAGAUUUCAGUAUGAAAAUGGAUUACUAAACAUAUUUGAUAUUUAUUACUAGUUCAUCAUUUUAAUUAGAAUAAAGCUAUUACUAUCACACAUUUGCUACAAAUAUGUUAAAACUUGUUACCAUUUUCAAUUUAAGCUCUGACAAAAAAAAAAUCAAUUUUUUUUGUAUAACCCUUCAGGGAUUUAAAUUGCUACGGGAAAAAAAUCCGAAAAGGAAUCCCUUUAUUUUUUAUUAGUUAAAAGUAUAUUUUUGUCAAAACAAAGAACCAGCUGAAUAGAAAUGAUAAAUUUGUAUUAGUUUAAACACAAAAAGAUUUCAUUAGUUGCCUUCUUUACGAAGCACUGUUGAUCUUGCAACUACUAUAACAAUUAUUUAUUUGUUAUUAUGAGUCCACAAUAAUAUAAUUAAAUACUUUUCUAUUCGUUAAAGUUCAUAACAUCUAUGUCCCAAAAAUAUAUAUUAAGAUCCGUCAAAACUUAGAUUCUGAAUGAAGAAAGGGACAUCCAAUGUGGCGCGUACUUACUAGCAUGGUGGUGUAGGUUUCUAUUUUAUAUUUAUUCGUAGAUGUAUUUUUAAUUUUCUUGAUAAUUUGUGAGAGUACAUAAAUAUACCAUCAUUCCUUUUCUAAUCGAUCAUAGAACUUUAGGCUUUUGGCCUAUAAUAUUUUCUGAUAUCAGACGCAAUGUUUACUAGGAAGCACUGUGGCCUAAUAGUCAAAGUUUAAAGGUUUCUACAUUCAGGUCUAGAGUUCAAAUUCUAAACAAUGCAAUAUCUACAGAAAAAGGUCUGGAUUUCAACUCCCGGAAAAUGCGGAACGUAGAAAUGACGAGACCAAACAAACAUUUAAAGGGUAUCCCUACAAAUUUGUGACCAAAAGGUAUCCCUACAAAUAUUACCUUAUUUGUAUAUAUCUAUCUUGUAGAAGUAUCUUUAGUAUCUGUUAAGAAACAUAUACAAUAGUAAAAAAAUAAAUAUAACGUUGUUUGUAAACAUGAAUAGCAGUAAGUUAGGAAAAAAAAAUAAUGAGCUUAUAAUAUAAAAACAAAUUGGAAGUCCAUGGACUUAUGUUAUUUGAUAUACAUAUUCAAAUCAAAAUAAUAAUUUAAAAUUGAUUUAUAUCAAAAAUUAAUU